CGCGCGGGCACACGGCGGCCGCGGCGCCGAGGCGGUACCUUCAGCCGUGCAAUGAGAAGAGCCCGGGAGAACCGACCGGCGCCAGCGGGGAGCUCGGCUGCGCCCGGGUUGCUGCUGCCGCCGCGGCUGCUUGAAACUCCCCAAAGUUGAGAGCCGGAGAGAGGCUGCCGCCCGCCGGGAGCUAGAGGGAAGGGAAGUCGGAAGGUGCGGAGCGACAGGCGCGCGGACCUGCCGGAGACACCGCGUCGGCCGCCUCUCCCCGAGCCCGGGAGGCUGCCCAGCUCCGUUCCCUGGUGGGAGGCUGAGCUGGUGGAAAAGACGCCAGGAAGAGACUCUGGAGGCGACCAUAAUGUCUUUACGCUUACACACGCUGCCCACCCUGCCAGGAGCUGUCAGACCGGGCUGCAGGGAACUGCUGUGUUUGUUGGUGAUCACGGUGACUGUGAGCCCUGGCGCCUCUGGGGUGUGCCCCACCGCUUGCAUCUGUGCCACUGACAUCGUUAGCUGCACUAACAAAAACCUGUCCAAGGUGCCUGGGAACCUUUUCAGAUUGAUUAAGAGACUGGAUCUGAGCUAUAACAGAAUUGGGUUUCUGGAUUCUGAGUGGAUUCCGGUAUCGUUUAUGAAGCUGAACACCCUGAUUAUUCGUCAUAAUAACAUCACUAGCAUUUCCACGGGCAGUUUUUCCACAACUCCAAAUUUGAAAUGUCUGGACUUAUCAUCCAAUAAGCUGAAGGCAGUGAAAAAUGCAGUCUUCCAAGAGUUGAAGGUUCUGGAAGUGCUCCUACUUUACAACAAUCAUAUUUCCUAUCUUGAUCAUUCGGCAUUUGGAGGGCUCUCCCAAUUGCAAAAGCUCUACUUAAGUGGAAACUUUCUCACGCAGUUUCCUAUGGAUUUGUACGUUGGAAGGUUCAAGCUGGCUGAACUGAUGUUUUUAGAUGUUUCUUAUAACCGGAUUUCUUCCAUCCCGAUGCACCAUAUAAAUUUAGUGCCAGGAAAACAGCUGAGAGGCAUCUACCUUCAUGGAAACCCAUUUAUCUGUGACUGUUCCCUGUACUCAUUGCUGGUCUUUUGGUAUCGUAGGCACUUUAGCUCAGUGAUGGAUUUUAAGAACGAUUACACCUGUCGCCUGUGGUCUGACUCUAAGCACUCCCAUCAGGUGCUUCUGCUCCAGGAUAGCUUUAUGAAUUGCUCAGAUAGCAUCAUCAAUGGUUCCUUCCAUGCACUUGGCUUUAUUCAUGAGGCUCAGGUCGGGGAAAGACUGAUUGUUCACUGUGACAGCAAGACUGGUAAUGCAAAUACCGAUUUCAUCUGGGUCGGUCCAGAUAACAAACUGCUGGAGCCAGAUAAAGAGAAGGAAAACUUUCACGUAUUUCACAAUGGAAGUCUGGUUAUAGAGAGCCCCCGUUUUGAGGAUGCUGGAGUGUAUUCUUGUAUUGCAAUGAAUAGGCAACGCCUGUUAAAUGAAACUGUGGAUGUCACGAUAAACGUGAGCAAUUUCACUGUGAGCAGAUCCCAUGCUCAUGAGGCAUUUAACACGGCUUUCACCACUCUCGCCGCCUGCGUAGCCAGUAUCAUUUUGGUACUUUUGUACCUCUAUCUGACUCCAUGUCCCUGCAAGUGUAAAACCAAGCGACAGAAAAAUAUGCUAAACCAAAGCAAUGCCCAUUCAUCCAUUCUUAGUCCCGGCCCUGCUAGUGAUGCUUCCACUGAUGAAAGGAAGGCAGGUGCAGGUAAAAGAGUGGUGUUUUUGGAACCCCUGAAGGAUACUGCAGCGGGGCAGAAUGGGAAAGUCAGGCUCUUUCCCAGCGAGACAGCGAUAGCUGAGGGCAUCUUAAAGUCCACCAGGGGGAAAUCCGACUCAGAUUCAGUCAAUUCAGUGUUUUCGGACACACCCUUUGUGGCGUCCACUUAAUUUUGUGCCUGUAUUUGUAUGAUGUCAUAAUUUAAUCUCUUCAUAUUUAACUUUGUGUGUGGUCAGCAAAAUACACAGCAGGACAGAAAUGGUGUCGUUUUUGUUUUGAAAUAGAACCAGAUGGUCUCUUAAAAUGGUUGAUAGGAAAUGAGAUAAAGCAUUUUGGUUCCUAAAUGUGCCAGAGAAAGAUAGCGUUGUUUUCCAAAGUGUAGGUUCUAGAUAACAAUCUUUUGGUCUUUAGCACCAUUGCUUGUUUUCAAGGCUGGCCCAGAGGUGAGAUGACUGACAUUGUCCCUUUAUUCCAAAGUCUCAAGAGAAAAAGGAAACUUCAUAUAUUAGUGUUCUUUAAAAAUAGACUGCUAAUUUCUUAGGACCAAAGUUGAGUUACUUGAAAGAAAAGCACCAGUGGCCUAUUUCAUUUUUAAAAGAUAGUGAAGGAAGAAUCCAUAUAAAAUUGGAUUUGGGAAUGAUUCACCCCAAAUCACUAUUUUGGACUAGAGUAAACAGACUAUACUGAUAAAAUUUACUGGAUCUUUAUAGAUAUAACCACGUCCUAUAUAAUGUUAGAUAAAUAGUGCAAUAAAAGUACAUUUGUUCACCCUUCGUUCCAUUCUGUAUCCUUGUACAAAAGAUGCCAUUGAAAGUUUAAAGACAUCAUUAUUUGUUGCCAUAAACUUGUGGGUGCCGAUACCCAAAUUGUCUUGAGUAGCUUCUUACAUCUUUGUUCUAGCAGGCUCAUGUUUGUUCAUGUGGUUGUGUGUGUGUAAAUCUUAAAUUCUGUGAAUUAUUGAAUAGACCUUACUGUAUUGUGCUUUGGACAUUUAAAUUAAUGUAAAUAUAUGUGAUCUGUGACUUGAUGUCUUGUUUUAUUUGGCUAUUUAAAAACAAAUCGAAGAUGUGUUAUGUAAUCAGAUUAUGAUAGUUUGUGUAAAGCAACACCUAUAGCAAA